GCGUCACAGGUCCACUCUGCCGUUAUGAGGGUUACGUCACACGGCUGGAAUCGUCACCGGAUUUCCGGGCCGGUGGCCUCAGGUCGAAGAAGUUCCGGGGCGGGCGCGGAGCAGGAAGUGCCAGAAUUGCGACUUUGAAGUCUGUUACUGGAGAUGCAGUAGACACUUGUUGGCAGCAACACCUUGCAAGAGCACCCACCGCUUACGAGCAACAUUUCCCCGGGAACACUUUCCCUGCUGUGAGUUGUCCACUCGGUAGGUAACAGCAACGUAGCCGCUGCAUUAGAGCAACAUUUAUGACAUUGUGAUGUCACAUCCUCCGCUUACUUGCAUCGUUUUUUGGUGGCAACAUCAGACAAAAUGCCAAGCAGUUUCUCAGUGAAAGAAAAUCUACAGAUUAUCCACAACUGUUGAGCUCUGGGGGCUCCUCAACACCAAGUUGCAGCCAAGUGGGAGUUGCACAGGUUGGCUGUUGGCAGAAUGUGGAAACGUGAGGAUAAGCACAAAGACAGACAGUCAAAUAGCUGCCAUAAGCUUCGGCAUGGAGGGAAAAGCUGCUGAUGUCGACUAGUCUGUAUUUACAUGGUUCAAGGAAAAGAUGGCACAGGGAGUACUACUUGCUGGACCCACAGUCAAGGAAAAACCUCUUCAGUUUGCUGCUUCCCUGGGGUUGAAUGAUUUUAAGGCAAGUGACGGUCGGUUUAUGAGAUGGAAGAAAUGCUGACUAAACGGGACUUCAUUUGAAAGGGCUCUUUGACAGAGGACAUGUCAAAAAAAAUGAAAAGCUAGGAGGAGGGAAAGUGUGCUUUUGAUGCCAACGUGGAUGGGAGUGACAGACGCCUGCUGGGUCAUUUUGAUCGGGAAGUCAAAAUGACCCAGAUGCUUUCUGAUGGAUUUCAGUAAACUUCCCUUCAAUUGUUAGUUCAGCGAAUGCCUGGAUGACAGGUGAUAUUUUCAUCAACUGGCUGAAAAAGUGGGAUUAUCAGCUUUGCUUGCCGAGCUGUAAAAUAUGCCCCUUCCUGGCUAACUGCUCUGCACACCCCCAAGGAAUGGGUCUCACUAACGUUCAACUCAAAUUCUUACCCCCUAAGGCUACAUUUUUGAUGCAGCCUAUGGCUCAAGGUGCGAUUAAGAACAUGAAGGGACAUUACCGAUCAAAAAUUGCAGACUGGAUUAUUGUUGCUCCUGCUGCGGACCCCGCACAUAUGUUCAGACAGGCCUGAAACUUGGAAAUGUGCUAGAUUGUGUUCAUCUUGGUGCUGCCACCUGGCAAGAUGUAAAGCUGACAACAAGUUCCAGUUGUUACAGGAAAGACAAAUGUGUUGCACCAGUGGAAGGUGUGCGAGACAAGGGGAUUGAAGACUGGCGACCUCCCUGAACAACAUUUCAUUUCCAGUCAACAUGGAAAAAGAGGACUUAGCAGCUGCUGGGGAUGCGGAUUUGCUCACGUUUGGAGAGCUACCCGACGAGGAAUUACUGAGCUUCAGCGGCUGCAAGGCCAAAGAAACAAGCUUGCAUUGAUGAAACGUAUAAUUGAGAAGACAAUCAAGAGAAUGGGGACAUCCGACACACUCUGAGCGGUUGAAAGCUUUGCACACACUCUGGCAUUUUGCCCAGGUAGUGGGACUUGGUGACAGGGUCUGCAGGACAUGGAGUCCCAUCUUCAAAACAAAACUGGCAGGCAUUGUGGCGUUGGCAUGGCUCGCAUUACCCUGGAGGACCUCAAUGGAUUGGACGAUGAGUCCCUUGAUGAAGAUGAGGAGCCAAUGGAUGGGGAAGAACAGAACACGCUGUUCUCUCAUUGGGAAACAGUGGCCAGCACCCACCAAGUGACCCUUCCUCAAGAGAUGGCGGCUCCCAUCAUGCAGAUGACGCAGCACAGACAGAUGCGUGAGCCAGUGCCCUAUGUCACCCUGCUGCAGCAUGAGAAGUGUGAGGAGCGGCUGUACCCAGCGGGGAAAUGGGCCUGUGUCACCAAGGGGGAGCCAAGGUACGAACAGAGCAUCUCCAUGGGCUUCAUGAAACUCAUGCACUACAUCUGCAAGGAGAACUCCACAGGCCGCUACCUGGGCAUGACGCUGCCUGUGGUGAACGAGAUCUGCCUGAAUGAGGAGGGCACUGAGUUGCUGCGGGACGUCACCACUACCUAUUACCUCCCAGGGGAGUUCCAGCCUGACCCCCCUCUCCCCACGGACCCUGAUAUCCGCAUCGUGGAGAGGCAGCCACUCCGCGUGCUGACCAGGGUUUUCUAUGGGGUGACGACGGAGGAGACGAUCCUCCGGGAGAUCCGCCUUCUCUGGGAGCUGCUGGGCUCCACAGACACCGUGCUGCGGGAAAGCUACAUGGUGGCUGCCUACGAGAACCCCAGCGUCCCUCAGCGGCGCAACGAGAUCUGGUUCAUCCGGCGGGCAGAAUGAGGGCAGCGCAGCCCGUGCUGGCCCCGGUUUCGAUGGCAGUUCUGGCUGAAGGAGGUGAAUGCACAGCCUGACGCACUGGUCGCCAUAGAGGAGCGCCGCUGCGCUGGACCCGAAGAGGAGACCUGCUCCACACCCAGCCCCAGGAAAACCAGCGUGUGCCAAAGGGCUGGCCGGGGUCCCUCCCGCGCCUGCAGGGGCAGUGUGGCAUCGUGCAUGGAAAGCAGCGUGCCCAAGUGGGGAGUGUGGCUGGGCACAUGGGGACUGGCUGGCCAGGCCGGGUGCUUAUGCCUGUUUGUGCCAGGGUGCUGGCCUGGGCUCGAGCUGUCCGUCCUGACUUGUUUGCAGUGGUGGGCCGGGCACCACUGCCGUGUGUGGCUGUGGUUGAAAGAGGUCCCUUGGGUGAUGGCUGGGGUGGCACUUCCUGGGGCACUGAGCAUUCCUCCAUGUCUUGCCUGCUGCCCCCCCUUGCCAGCAGCAGAGAGGGUUUGUGCUGCAGCCUUGGGGGUGGGCCUUGCCCUGCUCAGAGCAGGGCUGUGGGACUGCAUGCCCAGGAACAGCCUGGUGGUGCUCGCAAGCAAAGCUGGGAUCCUGUAGUAGGACUCUCCUUCGUAUCUGCCCAGCCGCGUGCCCGUGGCGGGCAGCCCCUUCCUGUUGGUCGGCGCCUGCCGCGCUGCUGCUGCUGAGCCUGUGGCCCCGGCCCUGGGCUGAGCAGAGAGGGGCAGCAGCAGGUCACUGUGUGUUGUGUUGUGCAUUGAUUGGUUGGUUUCACACUCGUGUGCUGCUGGGGGAGGCUGAAAUAAAUCCAGCUCUAACCA